AUGCAUGUAAGUAGGUCAAGGACCUGUCAAGGACCUGUCAAGAGCCAGCCAAGUACUCGCCAAGAACCUGCCAAGGACCUGCCAAGUACUCGCCAAGAACCUGUCAAGGAACUGCCAAGUACUCGCCAAGAACCUGCCAAGGACCUGCCAAGUACUCGCCAAGAACCUGUCAAGGAACUGCCAAGUACUCGCCAAGAACCUGCCAAGGACCUGCCAAGUACUCGCCAAGAACCUGUCAAGGACUUGCCAAGUACUCGCCAAGAACCUGCCAAGGACCUGCCAAGUACUCGCCAAGAACCUGCCAAGGACCUGCCAAGUACUCGCCAAGAACCUGUCAAGGACCUGCCAAGUACUCGCCAAGAACCUGCCAAGGACCUGUACAGAACUCAGCAAAUGGAAGCCACGGACGCACAGCUGGUCCUGGAGGUUCAUGUUGGCGAGGCGACCUCCAUCUCCGAAGUGUUAUUAAGCGGUCAAGUUACUGAAGUUCAGACUAACUCGUGUUACUUAUCUGACUCUGGGACUCUGGCUUACUUCCGCUAUCAGGGAGGACUAGAGAAGCCAGGUUUUGAGUCCUCUUUGCCAGAACCUGUCUUUGUUUUGUUCGUCGGCAAUGGGAAUCUAUAG